AAAAGAUUUGGGCCGGAACCCAAGAUUUGAUGCUUGGUUUCAACCGAUCACAAUUUCAGGGAACCAAACGGAAAAAGCUGUUCUGGCGUGAAUUGUGAGUGGUUGAGGAUUUCAUUACCAACUUUCGCCUCUUUUCUGGUUUAUUCCACGUCUAAUACACUCUUGGGCUGAUCUCAGCAAGAAUGACGGACCGGUACAACAUCCACAGUCAGCUGGAACAUCUUCAGUCCAAGUACAUUGGUACAGGACAUGCUGACACCAGCAAGUGGGAAUGGCUGGUUAACCAGCACCGUGACUCUUACUGCUCCUACAUGGGGCACUUCGACCUGCUCAACUACUUCUCUGUUGCCGAGAACGAGAGCAAAGCACGUGUUCGCUUCAACUUGAUGGAGAAGAUGCUGCAGCCUUGUGGACCACCAGCAGACAAACCUGAUGAUGCUUAAAGUACCUUGGAAUGAGCUGUGGGUGCUUCUUCUUUUUUUUGUUUUUUUGUUUUUUUUAAAUCACAGCUUAAUUGAGUUAAUGGACAUUAAGAUGUUUUCUGCAACAAAAUUGUAUGACCCACUUUAACAACAGAAAAUGAAUAUUAUGUUGGCCUAGGGAUGCUUUCCCCCCAACACAGCUUAUGGAAAAGAGGAAGAGAUAGGACUACUUAAAGACUUUGACCAGAAAAGUUGAGGGAAAAACACAUUUCUGUGUCUCCAGACUGUCUGGGAGACUGUUGUUUAAGUGAUUGAGAUGUCUUAUUGAUGUAUGGUUUUGCUUGUUGGAUUAAACUCAAAUUAAGGUUUCUA